GAAAUACAAAUAUCGUCCGAUCUGAACCAGUGACGCUCCCAAAAUCACAGUAUUAAGCGACUUCCGGCGAUCGAAGAGUCCCCUAGGAGAACUAUGGGGUCGUGAUUGAAAUCAACAACGGAAGAGGAGUUGGAAUCGCUCUGGGCCUCACCUCUGGCACCAUAAAACAUAGCCUGAAAGUCGGCAGCAACGGCGACUGUUGAACCUCAGAUGGUGAUGGUUCAUGUUUAUGUUCAUGUUUAAGUUUCAAGUUCAUAUUGAUGGGCAUGUUCUCCGAUUGUACGAACAAGUCCAAAAAGAAAAAGGGCGCAUCGUCCGUGAAACCCCAUCAACGGCAAUCACUGCCGCCGUCGCAUCAGCAUAGAGCUUACUAUCUCAAGAAGAGGAGAAGAUAAGAGGAAAGUAAUUUUUAGGGUUUCACAGUUUCAAAAUACCCCUAUUUAUGGUUGGGUUGGGUCAUCAUUAUUUUGGUUUUAUUCGAUUUAAUCAAAUUAAAAUCGAUCACAGUAACAUUUACUUCUCUCUUUUUUUAUCUGAACUGUCCACAUCAGUAUUACCACGUGUUGAUCUAUGCAAGAAUAUUGCAUAAUAUUAAUAUUGGAAUUGGAAUUGGAGACGAUUUUUAUCCCUCUCUUUCCCAUCACCAUUAAAGCUUCAUGUUUUUUCAGCUUUUUCUUCUUUCCUCUUCUCCUAUGUUUGCUAGAUCUUAACGACCGACAAUAAUGGAAGUCGCUGCACCUUCAGCUGCCGUCGUCUCGUUCUCCGCCGCAAUGUCUCCUAUUAGGAGGCCCCGGGCAAGGAUGGCAGUCCGAUCUACGGGUCUCUCUGUUGUCCCAAUACUGACUAAUCUACAGAACACUUGCGCCACACCUCUACCUGUCCUGCGCCGAGUUGCAGACGCUAUGACUGACGAUAUGCGAGCUGGGGUCGCUGUGGAUGGGGGCAGCGAUCUUAAGAUGAUUCUCAGCUAUGUCGAUAGCUUGCCUACUGGGGAUGAGAAGGGUUUGUAUUACGCUUUGGAUCUUGGUGGCACCAACUUCCGGGUGUUAAGGGUACAAUUGGGAGGGAAAGACAAGCGUGUUAUUGACACUGAAUUUGAACAAGUAACCAUUCCUCAAGAGUUGAUGUGUGGUACCUCUGAGGAAUUGUUCGAUUUCAUUGCAUCAGGGUUGGCUAAUUUUGCACAAAAGGAAGGGGGGAGAUUUCACCUGCCUCAAGAUAGGAAAAGGGAGAUUGGGUUUACGUUUUCUUUUCCUAUCAAGCAAACAUCUAUUGAUUCUGGCACAUUAAUCAAAUGGACCAAGGGUUUUGCGGUCUCCGGAACGGCAGGAAAAGAUGUAGUUGCUUGUUUGAAUGAAGCUAUGGAAAGACAACGAUUAGACAUGCAUGUAUCUGCCUUGGUCAAUGAUGCAGUUGGGACACUUGCUGGAGCAAGGUACUGGGAUGAUGAUGUAAUGGUUGCUGUCAUUUUGGGGACUGGAACGAAUGCAUGCUAUGUAGAACGGAUGGAUGCUAUUCAAAAACUGCAGGGUCAGAUGCUCAGCAAUGGAAGAACAAUUAUCAAUACUGAGUGGGGAGCCUUUUCAAAAGGUCUUCCUUUAACAGAAUUUGAUAAAGAAAUGGAUGCUGCAAGCAUAAAUCCUGGUGAACAGAUAUUUGAGAAGACAAUAUCUGGUAUGUACCUUGGUGAAAUCGUCAGAAGAGUAUUAGUCAAAAUGGCUGAAUGUGGUGCUUUAUUUGGUGAAUCUGUUCCUGAAAAGCUCCCCACACCUUUCAUAUUAAGGACACCUGAUUUAUGUGCCAUGCAGCAGGACAAAUCUGAUGGUUUGGAAGCAGUUGGCUUGAUUUUAAGAGACAUUUUUGGGGUGAGUGCCAAUUUAAGUGCAAGGAAGAUGGUAGUAGAAGUCUGCGAUACCAUUGUGAAGCGAGGUGGACGACUGACUGGAGCAGGAAUUGUUGGCAUUCUCCAAAAAAUGGAACAGGAUACUAAUGGUCUCAUAUUUGGGAAAAGGACAGUGGUGGCAAUGGAUGGAGGCUUAUAUGAGCACUACCCUCAGUAUAGAAGAUAUCUCCAAGAUGCAGUACUAGAGCUUCUAGGAUCUGAAAUAUCAAAGAAUGUAAUCAUAGAACAUACAAAAGAUGGGUCUGGGAUCGGAGCAGCUCUGCUGGCUGCUGUAAACUCCAGAUAUAGAAACCAAUUCUAGCAGAGGAGGAUGAACUGAUACUCAAAAUUGUCACUGUCAGUGUCAUAUUCUUGUUGGAAUUCUGAUAUCUCAUAGGUUGCUCACUGCCCGAUCUGAACAAGACAAAGUCACAUGGGAUACUGGGCACCAGGAAAACCCAUCAAACAGGGAGAAGAAAAAAUAAAAUGUGGUUGGGCUGUAAGGCUCAUGAGGCAUUAGCAUUUUCACUCUUAUUGUCAUCCGGAAUAAGUUUCAGAAUUUUGUAAUGCAAUUUUGCACUAUUGUAACA